GGAGGCAGUGCCAGCUAGCUCCAGGAUGGACCAGCUGAGUCCAAGGCUGAGUGGUGGUGGGAGUGCCUCUGAGACAACAUAAUCAAGGAGAAAGGAAAAAACCUGAUGGGGAGAGGAGUGACAACGUGUGAGAGAAACACGAAGGGGGAGGAGCUGCUCCAGAAGCGAGAGCAGAGAUUCCCUGGCAGCUGGUGGUGCAGACAGGCAGGAGCAGAGAUCCACUUGCAGCCAGUGCAGGACUUGAAGCAGGUGAAUGCUUGCAUUCCUGGAGGAGCUCAACAGCAGUUUAUCUGAAGGUGAGAAGACAUGGCGUCAUAAGAAAACCCAACCAUCCAGAAACCAACUUUUCAAAGCAAUUUCUGAAUGCCAUGAGACAAUACAAACUAAUGAUGCGGAACUCAGUGCUCCAAGAACUCUUCUUAGACUAAAGAAGCAGUGGAAUUUUGUCAUGGAUUCUCAGCACUCUGGACUCAGUGCACAACAGGUGAGAAGGACAGCGUGGUCAAAUCCCAAAGGCUGAGCCAGUUGUCACUAAGUCAACCAGUCAAUAGCAGCUCUUAUUCCCAACGGUCUAGGCCUGCUCUGCAACUGUUCGUACUGGCCAGGUACAUAAUCAAGGUUAAGUGGUGCUGCAGUGAUAUAAGGCCAGAUUGUGGCUGUGUACUCUCAGGACUUUUGACCAACACCGGCUUGCUGCUCAAAUAGCUCUGUGUGAUCUCCCUGAGGCCAGCAAGAGUGGAUCCUGCAUGUGUGAUGGGACAUGAUAAAGGGCAAAUGUGGGCAGAGACGAUGGUGACAUCUGGCCCUGUGCGAAGCAUUCCACUAACCUUUAUUUGGGAGAGCCUGGCCCUAGGCAUCGUGGCGGUACACACCAUGUUAGUCCUCUGAUCACCAACAACGUAGGUCUGAAAUAGCUGAGGUUCACCUGUUGACCCAAAGCCCUGGUCUCUCCUCUCACCUUGGGAUCUUUAUAUGGGACACAAGACUUAAAAGGGAUAAACCGGGUUAAUCUAUUUUUUCAGGAAUAGUCACAGGUGGAGUAGGUGUGGAAACCAAAGCAUGCAUUUGUCCAGUAAAAUCUGAAUCAAUAACACUAGGGUGUACCUAGAUACCUUGGAUAGUGGCACUGGACCUUUCAAUUCCCAGUGUACUCAAUCCUCUCCCAAUAGGCCCCCAGGCAUUGAGAGGGAUUUUGUGUACUUUUAAGGUGGUUAUGGUUGCUGAAAUGAGGGUGGAAACAUCCAUUCCAGCGGCUCCUUGAGUCCUUCCUGUGAGCUGGUCGCAUAGGCUGCACAGGAAGACAAGGAGAUGCUUGUGUCUUCUCACGUCUCACUCUCGCAUUGGAUUUUCGGUUUCUCUGGUCCUUGAGAGAAUCUGUUAGCGUGAAGUCUUGAUCUGCAUUGUUUGGCCAGAUGACCAGGUUUUGCACACUUGUUACAAUUAAUGUUCAUAUUCCUUUACCCUUGGCAUGUCCUCACUGAGGUGUUUUUGUGGGGACAGUUCAUUCUUAAGUGGCUUUGCCGUCAGCAUUUUUAACACUGAGGUGACAGUCUUGCAGCAGCUGCUAUUGAAUCAGCUAGUAACGUCAUAUUAUAGGACUGAGAACCAACUUCAGAACAGGUGUUUAUCAUAUCAUUUAAUGAUAGACUUUCAUGUGGUAGCAGUUCUAUAAUCUUUCGACAGUCCUCAUUGGCACUGUCCCUUGCUAAUUGCAAAAUCAAAUGGUUUCUGCCUCAGUAUUCGUAAUUUGUUUCUCCAUUGCAUCUUGUAAUCUUUCUACGAACUGUAGACAUGGUUCUUUGACUCCUUGUUGAAUUUUUUAAUAUGUUUGGGUUGGAUUAGACACAUUUGCUACUUUAAAUAAUGCCUGAGCUCCCAAGUCUUUCACAUGUGCCAAUAUUAGUGGAUGUAGUUUGGCCUGGAGUUAUGGAUCCCCCACUCGUGGUAGUCUUAAAAGCUGAGGAACCACUGCCUCAUAACACGGACCUUCCUGUGGAACUUUCAGAUUUUUUAGCUCCUGUUUUUCAGCGUUGCUCCUCCAUGCAGAUUGGAGCACCAUAUAUUGAACAAUUGUGAACAUUAAUUUGGCUAGCUGCUUUAUGUCAAAUGGCGUCGCUUCCUCUGUUGUUAAAAAGUUCAGCAUAUUAGCAAUGGCAGGUGAAUCUAAUCUGUGCUUGGCAACUAGUUGAUGCAGUUUAGGAAGUACUGGCCAUUGAAAAGGGGUGUAUUUAUCUGGUAGAUUUCCACUGCCUCUUACAAGCUGGCCAUGCCGCUCCGCUUGGCCUUGGGACAUCCUGCAGAAGGAAAGUCCCAGCAUGGGCAGGCAGGGCAGUCCUGCUUGGCCACUGGACAUCCCCCAGGGGAGAUGUUCCUGCAUGAGCCGGCCGUGCCGUUUCACCUGGCUGCAGGACAUUCCUUUGGGGAAAAGUCCUGGCACGGAGCAGCAUCACAGUUUCUCGCAGCUGCUUCACCUGUCCUUUUCUCCUUUGCUCCUCCCUGUGCCCUCUCCUUGCUGCUGGCCUCAGUGGACAGUGCCCGCAGUGUCCCAACCACUGCCCUAACAUCGCUCUUGGUUUUUAAUUGCUUUAACAAGUCUACUAUAAGCCUACAGGGCUUUAUUGCAUUAAUGGCUGUUUCUUCACCUGUGGAGGCUACUUUGAUUAUAAACUUGCCAGCCUGCUUCCACGUUUUCAAGUCCAGGGUGGUCCCUUCAGAAACGUCUAGUCCAUCAUUCUUGCACCACGUGAUUAAGGCUAUUAAAGCCUUUUUGUCAUGUUUUAGCCGCUUUUGUGAUAAAAAGAGGUCCAUACCUGGAGGAUGUCGUCUUCCAGUGUUGAAGCCCAUGCACCCAUGCUGGCGCUGUCUUCCACUUACAAAAGAGCAAAAGAAGAGAAAAAAAGGGGAGGUCAGGACCAAGCACAGCUCUCUACACGGUUCUUCACAGCUAGAAGGCUGCAGGCAGCUCUCUCUGGCUGCCCCUCUGUCUCCCUGUGCUAUCCAUGGCAGCUGUUGUAUCACAUCUGGUGGUCACCAGUUGUUGCAGUUUGGGAGACGGACAUGUGACGAGACACACUGCACAACAGCCAAUUUUAUUAAGUACAGUUCUGCUUAUACAGGUGAGAAGGACAGUGUGGUCAAAUCCCAAAGGCUGAACCAGCUGUCACUCAGCCAAACAGUCAAUAGCAGCUCUUAUUCCCAACGGUCUAGGCCUGCUCUGCAGCUGUCCAUACUGGCCAGGUUACAUAAUCAAGGUACUUAUAAAACUGUUUACCUUUUAGUUAUAAAAUGAAUAUUAAUUGUAACUGUGAGACCUUCAGGCCAGCUGUAGGCCACCAUAGUGUGCUUCUCUUUUGAGAUCCUGACAUCUUUUUGCCUGUAUUAUAACCCCUGUGCCAGGAGUUUCAGCCUCUUCAGCAGUAAAAUCAAACCUGAGCUGAGGAGUUUACUAAAGCUAUCUGAUAUUUAAAAUUUCUGUCUGCCAGAUAAAGCCUCUCUUAUUGCCUAAUUUCUUUAUUAAUAUCUACAGUCAUGGAAAAAACUCAAAUGGAACCAAAAUAUGACAAAUGAAGAGGGUCUUCCUAACAGAAAUGCUAAAUAAAUGUGGGUGAGUCUUGUUAAAAAUUUAUCAGGGUGAUAUUUGGAAAUUUGAAAUGGAAAAGGUAAUAAUUACUGUAAGAUCUAAGUUUUUCCCUUGUUCACCACUGUUGAUAAAUAUUUAUAUGUGCUUGGGUGACCUUCUUUUAAAAUGAUAGCUCUUGCAUAACUUUCUUUAGGGCAGUUACAUCUUCCUAAUUUUUCCAAGAUUUAU